AUGGGGGCCGGAACAACACUUCUUCAACCCAAUAAUAACAACCCUACAUCCGCACGCCCUCCCAAACGACCUCGAGAAAUCGCUCUGAAGGAUCCAUCAUGUGAGUCUCCAAUUGCAGAAGAAGAAACUUAUACACACCAAAAUGAACCCAAUGUACGUCGCAAGCUGGACGUGUCCUUUUCCCAAGUGGAGCAGCAGCAGCAGCAGCUGCCUGAAGAAUCUGAUGAAGAUGAAGACUUGACGAUUUUGCGUCCUGGAAGUCCCGAUUUCCUGGCCGAACUAGAAGGAGAUCGAAAGUUUGACUUUCUCGGUGGAGUUCACCUGUCGGAUAUCGAACAAGAAGUGGACUCGGAUGACGAUGAGGAGGAAGCAGAGGGAGAAGACGACGAUGAAGACGACGACAGUGAACCUCCUGAAAAGAAACAAAAAACUGACGAUGAGGAUGAUGGUGACGAAGAAGAGGACGAGGAAGAAGAAGACGAAGAAGGUGGUGGUGAGGAAGGAGAAGGAGGGGACGAAGAAACUGAUGAGGAAGAAACAGGUGAUGAUGACGAGGAGGAAGGAGGUGAAGAUGGCGAUGAAGAGGAGGAAGGUGAAGAAGAGGGUGACGAGGCAGGCGCUGCCACGAACGAAGAAGACGACGAUGAUGAUGACGACGACGAUGAAGAGGAGGAAGGAAAUGAAGACGAGGAGGAGGGUGAUGAUGAUGACGAGGAAGAAGAGGAGGAGGAAGACGACGAAUAA